CCAGUGCAGCGCACUACAGCCUGACGCUACAGGCCGACAGCGCGCACAGCCCUACAGGAAGUUCCCCAUCUCAGUGCUGUGCCAUCUUCCUCACUGCGCAGACCGGAGCCGGGAGCAGUCGUCCGAUCCAGGCCCCGCACAGCCGGACAUGGGAGAUCCGGGCAGUACACAGCCGCACACCGACACACCGAUACAAGUGAAUCUGACCGGAAAUGAAGACAAAGUUGGAAUGGAAGACUUUGAACUGCUGAAAAUUCUAGGCACUGGAGCAUAUGGGAAAGUUUUUCUUGUACGCAAAGUAACUGGGCCAGAUGCAAAGCGCCUUUAUGCUAUGAAGGUUCUGCGUAAAGCAGCCCUGGUUCAGAAAGAGAAAACAGCAGAACACACACGGACAGAGCGCACAGUACUAGAACAUGUAAGAGAGAGUCCAUUUCUUGUGACUCUUCACUACGCCUUCCAGACAGAUGCCAAACUCCACCUAAUACUAGAUUAUGUUAGUGGUGGAGAACUCUUCACUCACCUCUAUCAGCGGGAUAAUUUCUCUGAAGAUGCAGUACGGUUUUAUUCUGGAGAGGUUAUCCUGGCUCUUGAGCACUUGCACAAGCUGGGAAUUGUAUACAGAGACAUCAAGCUGGAGAACAUCUUAUUGGACAGUGAUGGUCAUGUGGUGCUGACUGACUUUGGCCUGAGCAAGGAGUUUGUAGCUGAAGAGUGUGAGCGCACAUACUCAUUCUGCGGCACAACUGAGUAUAUGGCACCAGAAAUCAUACGAGGGCAGGGGGGUCAUGGCAAGUCUGUGGACUGGUGGAGCUUAGGAAUCCUCAUUUAUGAACUACUGACAGGAGCUUCUCCAUUCACACUGGAAGGGGAAAAGAACUCGCAGAGUGAGGUGUCCAGGAGGAUUCUGAAGAUGGAGCCAAUAUACCCCUCCUCUUUAAGUUUGGUGGCUCGAGAUCUCCUUCAGAAGUUGCUCCGCAAGGACCCUAAAAAACGACUUGGGGCGGAGGGGGCCUCCCAAAUAAAAGAACACCCAUUUUAUCAGGGCCUGGACUGGGAAUUGCUGUCUCUCCGUAAAGUCACUCCUCCAUUCCGUCCCUCUAUUCGCAGUGAGACAGAUGUCAGUAAUUUUUCUGAUGAAUUUACAAGUCUUGAUCCAGUAUACUCACCUGCCGCUACUCCACCCUCUGGAGCUCGUAUAUUCCAGGGUUAUUCCUUUGUGGCACCUUCCGUCCUCUUUGGUGUAAAUGCAGUUAUGACAGAUAUGCCAGCUCCAUCUACUGACAAACCAUGUAGCCCUACACUGGUUCUUAGUGCAGCUAUGAAGGAUUCCCCCUUCUUUCAGCAGUAUGAGAUGGAUCUACAAGAGCCCGCACUAGGAUCUGGCAGUUUUUCAGUUUGCAGAAAGUGUAGACAUCGACAAAACAAGAAAGAGUAUGCUGUGAAAAUCCUGAGUAAGAGGAUGGAAGUGAACACUCAACGAGAAGUAGCAGCUCUGAAGCUAUGUCAGGGGCACCCAAACAUUGUGAAUCUUCAUGAUGUUCUUCAUGACCAGUAUCACUCAUAUCUUGUGAUGGAGCUCUUGGAUGGUGGGGAAUUACUGGAUCGAAUCAAGAAACACUCAUGCUUUAGUGAGGUAGAAGCAAGUGGUCUAAUGCGUAGUCUUGUGAGCGCUGUUGCACAUAUGCAUGAAGCUGGAGUGGUGCACAGAGAUCUUAAACCUGAGAAUCUUCUUCUUUCUUCUCCCGGUGAAGAUGCGGUUUUAAAGGUGAUAGACUUUGGAUUUGCUAGACUUCGUCCACCGGGAUCACGGCCCUUGCACACCCCUUGCUUUACAUUGCACUAUGCAGCCCCAGAACUGCUUUCUCGACAGGGUUAUGACGAGUCAUGUGAUUUAUGGAGCCUUGGGGUAAUCAUGUACACAAUGCUGUGUGGCCAGGUUCCCUUCCAGGGUGAAAGGGGUGGUUCUCCUCAGAGCCGUGCUGCUGACAUUAUUAACAAGAUCAAGGAAGGAGACUUUAUGAUGCAGGGUGAAAGCUGGGAUCAUGUGAGCGAUGAAGCAAAGGAGCUGGUAAAAGGUUUGCUGACUGUAGACCCAUCUUGUCGAUUGAGCCUUAGUGAACUGCAAGAAAGUGAGUGGCUGCGUGGUGGACGACCUCUCUCAUCCACUCCUCUCAUGACACCAGAUGUCCUGGAAUCUAGUGGGAUGGCCACAAAAACCUGUGUGCAUGCCACAUUCAUGGCAUUUAAUCGUGGUAAGCGUGAAGGAGUCUUCUUAAAGAGCGUGGAUAAUGCUCCUUUGGCUAAAAGACGCAAACUGAAGCAGAGCAGCACAGGAGGUGACAUUCGCAGUGGAUCCUCAUCUUCUUCUUCAUCAUCAUCCUCAUUUGCUACCACUGCAGCUCGAUCCCCCAAAUCCAGAGCACCCCCACAAAGUAAUAGGCCUGCAAAUGUAUAACUAUUUGCUUUAUUUUAAAUACAGUACAGGCCCUGUUAUCAUGUGCAAAAGGAGAGGACCAAAAAAGUAGAGUACCUUAUGUACACCAUUUUACAUGUAAUAGGUGUGUGGGCACCUAUCAUGUGCCGUAUUUCCAUCAGGUGUGAGGACAGUGUACAGAAUUCAGAGGAAUGGGCAGUAUUACUGCUCAGAGCAUUUGUAUAUCAAGUUUGUACAUAGAAAGGACAUUAAACACUAGCCAUUUUCCAAGUAUCAGUGAAUGUGAGUCUUCCCUCCCAGUCUGAAUGUACUAACGCAGUUAAGGAUUUAGGAGAGGGCAGUUAGGGUACAUGUCCUGGGCAACGUGCACUAGCAUUUACGGUUUAUUUUGCAGUGUUUAAAGUUGAUGUCAUUUAAUAUUUUUUCUUUAUAAUUAUAUAUAUAUAUAUAUAUGUAUGGGUAUGUGUGUGUAAUAUAAAUAUAUCUCAUAUAGAUAUAUAUAUAUAUAUAUAUAUAUAUAUAUCUAUAUGUGUGUGUUUUGUUAUUAACAGGCUUGUAUUCAAGCUUUUUAAGGACCUGGAGUGUUUGGAUACCAGAGAAUUUAGUGUGUGUAACAUGCGAGUUCUGUGUCUCUAUCCAUUGUAUGUAUGUAUGUGUGUGUGUGUGUGUAUAUGUAUAUGUGUAUAUAUAUAUAUAUAUAUAUAUAUAUAUAUAUCUAUAUAUAUAUAUAUAUAUAUAUAUCUCAAACUGUAUAUUGCCAAAAAACAUGACUGGAUCCUUGCAUAUGGAAGAAAUUGCUCAUUAGUAUUAUUUGAUAAAGAUUUAUCCUAAAAACAGGGCUGCAAAAGAGAAGCCUGAUAACCUGAAUUUGGUAGUCAAUACCACUUAAAAGGAGUUGUCCAAGUCAAAAAUGAAACAAAAGGUAGAAAUCAGAGAAGGUGUUGAAACAAUAAAAUGAGGUAUGCUCACCAGUACAAACCCCCUCCUGCGGUCAUCCCAGACAGGCUUUGUUUUCCUUAAUUGUAGCAUUGAUUUACCUGUAGAUUGCAAGUGACCACAGUGGCCUUUCAUAGUCCAGUGAUUGACUGCCGCAGUCAUAUACGGGAUGUCUUGCUGCAGAAAAUUCUGAAAUAACUACAGAUAUGGGAGAUUUUACAGGGUCACACGUAACUAAGGUAUCAUUUAUAGGUCAUACAGUGCUGCCCCUAAUUAUUCAUACCCCUGGCAAAUUUUGACUUAGUUACUUUUAUUCAACCAGCAAGUAUUUUAUUUAUUUGUUUAUGGGAAAUGACAUAGGUG